AUUACAGCUGCUGUUGUUAACUGUAACAUUGUGCCAUUUUGAGUAUUACAGUUGCUGCUGCCAAUGUUAAUAUUGUGCAACUCUGUGAUUUAGCUGCAGUAAGAAGAAGACUUUAUUAGAAACUAUAUCGGAACGCGCACAAAAUGCAAUAAUACAGCAAAACUAACCAAAAUUUGUUCGUAAUGCGUUAGCUAGCGCAAUUGUGUUAAUUAAGUGAUCUUUUCUAUUGUGUUUUUUAUUUUUUUUUUGCCUCGAUUUGCAUACGCUAGAAAUCAAAGAAAAAAAAUUACUUCUAAAUUGGCACCAAUACAUACAUGCGGGACACAACACGCACAUCUAUAGGGCCUGUGUUGUGGACUGCGUUGGAUUGUGACUGCGACGGCGACUGCGACAGCGGCUGCGACUGCUGCUGCUCUGCUGUGGGCAACAAUAAACAAUGAAAGGUGCAAGUGAAUCAAAUUGUGUAAAAUAAUUAUUAUUAUGUGCUUGGCUUGUUGUUGUGGCGGUGGAGCUCUAAGUGUGACGGACGAUGAAGCGCUGCACCAGACAGCGAAAAGAAAAACAAACUAAUAAGCAAGGCCAGCAGCAGCAACAAGAACAACAACAACAAUAACAACAACAUUAAUAAUAUCGCGCAAAUACAUACAAGUAUAGUGAAAAAGCAAGCAAGAAAUAUCGUAACGAAAUACACUGUGUAACAGUGGCAAGGUGUUUGUGUUGUGUGCAAAUAGCCAAAAUUACGUGGCUGUUGCCAUUAGCCGCCUAACUGUACACAGUGCCGCCCUCGACAUUCCUCCUCCCCCCGCGCAUUCUACUACUACCAUCUCUAACAUAGCUAUCCUGCCGCAGCGCAUAGCAAAGGAGUAGCAGCAGCAAACCCAAGAAGAAGAAGAACAACAACAACAGUGGGGAAACAACCACCGAAAUGUCGUCGCUCAAGGUUGCUGUGAGGGUUCGCCCCUUUAACUCGCGUGAAAAGGAAAUGGACUCUGAGCUCAUUGUGGAAAUGGAGAACAAAAAAACGCGGCUGGUGAAGCCUCGUUUGCAGUCCAUACGCGAUGCAGGUCGUGAGUCUCAUCACGAUUUCACCUUUGAUUAUUCUUAUUGGUCAUUCAAUGCCGAGGAUUCACACUUUGCCACACAGGAGCAGGUGUACAACGAUCUGGGCACCGAUGUCGUCGAUUGUGCCUAUGAAGGUUACAAUGCCUGCGUCUUUGCCUACGGACAGACGGGUUCGGGCAAGACGUUCACCAUGAUGGGAACACCGAAAAAUCCCGGACUUAUACCACGCAUCUGCGAGGAGCUGUUUGCAAGAAUGCGUGUGAGCCAGGAGUCGGGUACGGGAUAUCGGACACAUGCCAGUUAUCUGGAGAUCUAUAAUGAGAAGGUCAAGGACCUGCUGGCGACACAGAACACGGGACAUUCGUUGCGAGUGCGUGAAGAUCCUAAAUUGGGUCCCUACGUCGUGAGUUUGUCGCAGCAUGCGGUGUCUGCCUUCGAGGAAAUCCAGGAGUGCAUUGCACGUGGUAAUGCACGUCGCACUACGGCCAGCACAAACAUGAAUGAUACGAGCAGUCGGAGUCACGCCAUCUUCACGAUCACAUUUGUGCAGGCCGUCUUCAUGAAUGACAUGCCAAGCGAGACAGUUUCCAAAAUCCAUUUGGUCGAUUUGGCUGGCAGCGAGCGAGCGAAUGCAACGGGUGCAACGGGGGAUCGGCUGAAGGAGGGCGCCCACAUCAACAAAUCUCUCGUAUCGCUGGGCAGCGUCAUCUCAGCAUUGGCGGAACAAUCGAGUGCCGCCAUCAUGCAUAACUCUACCUCGAUGGCCACAACUCCAAAUAGUGCAACAAAGCGCGUACUUUACAUUCCGUAUCGAGACUCCAUACUCACCUUUUUGCUCAAGGAUAGUUUGGGUGGCAACAGCAAGACAAUCAUGAUAGCUGCAUUAUCGCCAGCGGAUUGUAACUACAGCGAGACGUUGAGCACACUGCGAUAUGCGAAUCGUGCCAAGAAUAUUAUUAACACGCCCACGGUCAAUGAAGAUGCCAAUGUAAAGCUGAUACGUGAGCUCAGGGAGGAGAUAAACAAGCUCAAGUCCAUGUUAACUGGGGAUACUCACUCGCUGCAGCCUUCACUUAAGGUGCUGGCUGAUCUGCAGAAGAAGGAGGCGCAGGAGAAAGUGCUCACAGAGGAAUGGACGGAGAAGUGGAAAGUGGCCCAGUCCAUAUUGCAGGAGCAGAAGAGUCUGGGAUUGCGCAAAUUAGGCGUUGGCGUUGUCUUAGAUUCAGAAAUACCACAUUUGAUUGACAUACACAAUGAUAUGACGACUGGAGUCACACUCUAUAGCUUAAAGGAGGGCGAGACAUGCAUUGGCACGGAGGAUGCCGAAGUGGCGCCCCAUAUUGAGCUAGUGGGUGAUGACAUUCGACCACAGCACUGCAAAAUUGUGGUAAAGGGAGGUGUGGCAACUCUACAUCCUUAUCCCCAAGCUCAAUGCGCGGUGAAUAACAUUUCUAUCGACAAGCCUAAGCAGAUCUCACAGGGGGACUAUAUACUGCUGGGACGCAACAAAAUAUUUCGAUUUAACAAUCCCAGCGAAGCAGAGAAGCUGCGCAAGGACUUAACACGUUCGAGGUUGGAUAUCUAUCUAUCACAAUCAAAUCUGCUUACCUCGUCCAGGGAGAAUUUGCCGGAUAUUGAAAAGGAUACCAUGACGGGCAGCAUUUCAUCGCCCCAUAAACGCACUCAGUAUUUUCCACAACAACCCAUUUCCCGCGAUGAUCCCGAACUGCAAGAUGAAAAUCGCAAAAUACUUGACACCAUUGAGAAUGCCUUGAAACAGCUGAAUGUGGAGCGCGUUCAGAUGCACGAUCAGUACAAGGCGAAGGUGAAUCAGUUGACGAAGGAACUGAGGCGCCUUGAGCUGGACAAAUUGGAUGGCAUGCAGAUAUUGAACUGUCGCGAACAGGAACUUAUUGCCCGCAAGGAAAUGCUCCUCUGGGAAAAGAAUAACGAGAAGGUUCAGAUCGACAUUGUGUGUAGGCAAAUUUUGGCGUUUCAAACGCAGCUCGACUCUAAGAAACGUGAUUUCUCUGAGUAUGUAGCGAAAGAAUUGCAGGAACUGCAUGAUUGUGGCACACUGGAUGAGAUGGGCAUAAAGAUUGAGGAAGGCACUCCGCUAAACGAUGAUCUUUUGCUAAAGGUGUCCGAGUCACUAAAUUCGUUUUGGAUCAUCAAGGAUACGGUGCGAAGAAACAAUGAGGAGAUAUGCCGGCUGGACGAACAGAUAGCCGAGAAGGAACGCAUACUUAAUGCAAGCACCAAUAAAAUCGCAGAAGUGGAUGAGGCCUUGCUAGAAAUCCAAGCGCAAUUGGAGCGCCUGUGUCAGGAGCGUGCUGAAAGCGAGAGAGAAUCCCAGGCAAAUCGAUCAAAAAAACUGAGCCUGCAAUUGCAGGCGCAGAACUCUAAUGAUAUGGACGAUGUGUCCAAGUCGGACACGUAUAAAACAUGUGAUACUUUCCACUCUGACUUCUCGUCGCCCACAAUCACGGAGGGACAGCAGUCGCCGCUGAGCAAUUACUCGUGUGAGGCCGGAUAUGAUACUCAGGAUACGCGCAAGGAUGACUUAUCAGGAAGCAGCGAGGAUGCUUCGCGCACCUGCACGGCGGGUCCCAGCAGCGGAAGUGGCAGCAUCUCAGUUGGUCAGCAGAUGAGCGACAGUGGCGUCGAAUUGGACAGUCGCAAUCCGGCGCAACUUCAAAAUAAAGUCAACGGUAAUAAGCGUAGCGAUGAGGAGACAUGCUCCUGUUCGUCCGGCGAAAAUGCCCGAAGCACAAGAAUGUCACGAUCUUACUGCCCGCUACAUGUAAUGCGAUGCAAGAUUGCUGCACAAAAGGCAUUGAUUAUGAAGAAUCUCGAAUCGGAUGUUAACAAAACAGAGCUGGAUGAGCAGAUUGCCGAUUUGCAGGAUCUGCAACGAAGCUACAUUCAAUUGGAACAGAAUAUGCUGCAAUCGGUGCAGGAUCUUGAGACGCAUUCUACGUGCUGUGAGGAAGAUCGAGCCACCCAGAUGACCAGUUCCAACUCGGAAAUAUAUCCGCCAGGCACGAUCAGAUCGUGUUGCUCCAUUAGCGAGUUUUCUGAAGGCGAACACUUUAUAACCAUACCAACAUUUGUUAUGCGCGGAGCUGGCAAACAAACUCACUACGAGUACGAGGUGCGCAUUGCACUUCCAGAUGGCAAGCUCAACAUAUUGCGUCGAUAUAGUCGCUUUCGCGAGUUGCAUCUGUGCAUGAAGCACUGCUAUGGCGCCACGAUCUCUGCAUUGCCCUUCCCACGCCGGGAACUUUUCGCCUCUAACAGUGAGCCCGUGGCAAAGCAUCGUCGCCGUCUGUUGGAGCUCUACCUGCGACGCCUUUUUGUCGUCUGCUCGAAGAUACCGCAAUGCCCAAUCUAUGCCGGACCUGGUGGACCGGGCCUCACCCGUGCCUCGCUCGUACAGCUGUCGUCUUUUUUCAAGAAAGGCCUGUUCGAGAACGGAAAGCAUGGGACGGGAUAAUAGUUAACCUACUGCUGAAUUAUCUCCUGCCUACAGUGUGUCUAUUUAUUUAUUUGUACUACCUGCUGAGCUACAUGACCGACAACAUGGACAUGUUUUGACUAGUUAGCCCAAGUAAUUAGCAAUUUGCAUAGACUGUAAGACCUUGUAUGUGUAUAAGACCACCAGUGUCCUUCCAAUAUGUUAUUAUUUUAAAAACCAAUAUGAAUAUAUCUAUACAUGCAUAGAACUCUAUUCUGUAUAAUUAAUCAUCAGUGUAUGGAGCCUUACCUUAAACUAAUUGUAAAUCUAACUGCCAACGGCAUUAUUGUAUCUUUUAUUAUAAACAUAUACGUACAUAUACAUACAAUAUUUUCUUCCACACAGUUGAGAUUUGUCAACCAAUAGACUUUGUUGGUUUGGUCAUUUGUUUGGUUAUCAGAGGGCGAUUGUCCAUUUUAAAUAGCUAAUUUGUUGUCUAGUUAAAUAUUGCAUAAGUUAUUCCAGUUAUUCAGUCUGUGAUUACGAAUUUGAAAAUGAUUGUUAUAUGACAAAAAUCCAAAUGCAAACAAGAAGUACGAAACUGAACAUUUCACGAGAAUGAAAAUCUAACUACAAUAUAUGUAUUAUAGCUAUAAAAGUACAUUUGAAUAGUUGUGUAAGUUAGUAGAACACUGAUGGGUCAUGGGUAGGCAGAUAUUUAGCAGUAGGUGAUAAGCAAUAUAUAGCAUAUAAAAACACACUUAAUCAUAAGCCGAAUGUCGCAAUAACACUUUACACUAAUUAUGAGUACAACUAACAGCAACAACAAACAUAAAAUGUUUAAUAAGGCUUAGGUUAAGAUAAUUGAUCGUUGAAGUUGCAGUUGUCUUUGCUCGACUGCGAUUACCGAAACAAUAAUAGUAUAAAUGUAUCAAUAAACUCUUUUCAUAUGGAAUUAAAA